GCGAUCAUACGGAACCAGAUGGACCACGGCGACCUGGCGGCGCUCCUGCCGGAGGACGUGCUCGCCGAGGUGCUCCGUCGCGUGGCGGCGCCGCGCUGGCUUGCUAUGUCGCGCUGCGUCUGCAAGGCGUGGCGAGCCAUCAUCGACGGCGAGAGCCUCCUGCGCACAGAGCUCCCGUUUAGCGGCUUCUUCAUCACCUUCCGAGAGCUCUGUUUGCCUGAGUUCUUCUCCCGCCCCGUGUCGCCGCCUGGCCGGCCAGCGAUCAGCGGCAAGCUCGAUUUCCUACCCACACCCAUUAAAGUUCGUCCUGAUGGGUGGAGCUUGGACGGCGACUACUACAUCCAGGAUCACUGCAAUGGACUCCUAUUGCUCGACGGCUACGUGGUUAACCCCGCCACGCGAAGCUGGGAUCCUCUGGCCCCAUGCCCGCCCAACCAUGGUUCAGGGAUCGUCUAUGAUGCCCUUGACCGAGAGCUUCUCGCCUUUGAUCCCAUGGUUUCAUCUCACUACCACGUGGUGUCGAUCCACUAUUUGCCUACCUACUUCAGGCCUGCUCAAUUCGACCCCUUAGAGGAGGCAUCCGAAUGGCCACCAUCUCCAUAUAUCUUGCAUGUAUUCUCUUCAAAGACACGGCAUUGGGAGGAGAGGUCUUUUGUUCGAGAAGGGAAUGCUGGAGGGACAGUUGCCGAGGCGCGUGCAGAUUUGGGGCGAGUUUCCUCGGUCUACUGGCGAGGAUCACUUUAUGUGCUUUCCCAAUAUAAUUUCAUUACGAGAAUAUCUUUGUCUGAAGAUAAGUACAGUGUGAUUAAGCCACCAAUGGGUAUUGGAUGGAGCAGUUAUAUAGGAUUAUCCGAAAAAGGAGUGUAUUGUGCGUCAUUUCUUAAGAAUGAUCACAUUCUGGUUUGCACCCUCAAUGAAACGUGUAAUCAGUUUGAUUGGAUAUUAAAGCACGAGUAUGACCUUAAGCCUGUGGAAAUGUUUGAUCGCCAAGUUCAUGGACCCUGGAUCUUAGAAGACAUUAACUAUGGAAUCUUUCGUUCUCAUCUUCCAAAUAUCAACAAGGAAGAAGUAAUCCAGGAGAAAUUUAAAUGGAACUCCGACGAUGAUGAUUUCCCUGAGAAUGAAGACAUGGUUGAAGUGCACCGUCGCCGUCCAUAUUUUGAAAUCGAGAUACUUGGAUUUCAUCCAUACAAAGAGAUUCUCUUUUUGAGUAGGUCAGAGACCUUCAAACUAAAAGCAAUGGCGUUCGCCUAUCAUUUGAAUAGCUUCAAGGUCGAAAGUUUAGGAAGCAUAUACCCAAGUUGUCACAAAUAUUUUGACUCUGGCCUUGCUAAUGAAGCUCGGGAGAUCGAGUCUUUUCCAUACACACCAUGUUGUUGGAUCGAAGAGAUCCCAGAAAGAGUAAAUUAAUCUAGAUGCUCCGUCUCAAACAUGUUAGUAUAUAUGUUGUUUUUUAUUUGGAUCGUUUUUGGUUCUGACACUGGAGCUAU